AUGUAUAACCGCGAAUCUAGGAUAAUGCGCAAGCUCCUGGGCAAAGCUUCAACCGAGACCCCCGCAGGCGAUACCACCAAUCUCUCUAUCACGAGCGCACCCGCCUCUACCAUUGCCACCUCGUUCCGACCGCCGAAAUCCCAAGACGCCGUAUACAAAGCAGGAGUCCCGAUACUAGCCCUCGAUGUAUCCCCCGAUCGAAGAGCCGCUGUCCUCGGUAGUGGUCACAUCCUCAAAACAGUGAUACUCGACGAUCCUACAAACUUCAACUUUAACUUUCGCGAAGGGGUGGAUCUGAGGGCUGUCAUAACUGCUCAACCUACUGGUAUUAAGGGAAACCAAGCCGCUGAUCAGCUUAGUAUACGUGAUGUCAAGUGGCAUGGUACCUCGACAAUAUUCACAGCUUGCGCAAACGGGAAGAUCUUCUCAUACGAUGUCGCUCGAGUCGGAACAGGUGCGGGGGAGCCAUUGGAAUAUAUACAAAUGCAGGAGGAUUCGCGGCAGGUCAACACACUGGAUGUCAAUCCGCAUCUCAAGAGUUGGUUGCUUUCAGGAAGUCAGGAUGGCAUGGCACGCGUCUUCGAUACCUCCUCGCCCAUUCAAGGCCGUGGUGGCAUCACGUUUCGUCAACGCUUCGCACCGCUGAAAUGCAUUGAUUCAGUUCGACAAGUCAAAUGGUCUCCCAAGGUUGGGCAUGAAAUGGCCUGCUGCACUGAGGGCGGAGUAGUGCUCAAGUGGGAUGUGCGGCAACCAGCCAGGCCACUGCUGAGGAUAAACGCGCAUGAAAAGGCUUGCGCAUCUAUCGCAUGGCACCCUGAUGGUAAUCAUCUUAUCAGUGCUGGUCGAGAUACAAAGCUUCAUGUCUGGGACCUUAGUAGUACAGCUGACAAACGGCAAAAGCCAAGGUGGUCUGUCACAACGCCUGCACCGAUCUGGACUAUCGCGUGGAGGCCAGGAUUAUGGUCAGCGACAGCGCAGAACAAACGAGUCGCACAAAUAGCAGUUUCAUAUGAUGACAGCAGCUCGCGCCGUUAUGGAACUUCAGCAGUACAUGUUUGGGAUCUAGCUCGACCAACCAUGCCGUAUAAAGAGAUCGAGCGAUUCGACAUGUCACCAGCAGCCCUAUUAUGGCAAGAUCAGGACAUGCUUUGGACCGUUGGACAAGACGGGCUAUUUACGCAAAGCGACGUCGCAUACGCGCCCAAAGUCAUCGAUCGCCAAUCCACUUCAUCUGUAGCAUUCUCACCCAAAGGUGAUGUGAUGAUGUUUCUUGACGAACGAUCUCACUCAAGUCAUCGACCUCGACCCACAAUCACACACCAUGCCGAAAUAGUACCGCGUGGGCCUUAUGGCUCAAGCCCAAACGCCCCGAUGUUGAGCAUUAGUCGUAGCGAUUCUGAGGAGGAUGUUGUGGGCAGCUUUCUCGGCCCGAGACGACGACUUAGUCGGAGGAAAGCAGGAAGAUCAAACUUCAGCACGACACCACCUUCUAGUUCCAGUCUUGCUGAUGAUAACAAGCCGUUCCUUGCGCUCGACCAAGCCAUCAAUGUUACAGGGCUCUUCAAGAGUCAGCAAACGAUGGCGUUCGGUCGUUUACCUGCUGUGACAACAACGCAGAUGUACCAGUACCUCUCAGGAUUGUACCUUGAGACGCUUCAGCAUGAGCUGCCAUUUCAAGAUGGGAAACCGCUAAACAAGAGAGUUGGAAUUAUAAUGGAACACUAUGCCCGUGCAGCCGAGAGCGUUUCCCUGUUUCGAUUGGCACAGACAUGGCGUAUCCUGGCUUACACGAUUGGAAUACUACUCGAUCGUCGUGCUCAAUACCAUCUUGACACACGCCUUGGACGCUUCCACAGGGUUAGAGUAGAAGAGAAAAAAGGAAGUGGAUUGUUAAAGCCCGUUGACUUUUACAAUGGCAGUCGAACACCCGGCGACGAGACGCCCCGACGGGCUCCCCCAAAGGCAGGCCUCGGUGGCCGAAAUCUUAGCACUCGAUCUCUCCUAGCGUUGGGCUUUGAGAGUACAUCCAACGUAGCGACUCCACUUGCGCGACCGGCUGAUGCCGCAGAUAACCAAGUUGGAAAAAAGCUGGCAGCUGUCUCGGAACCUGAUGAACUGAGUCUUGGGCCUGGCAUAAACGACAGGUUCGAAGACACCCCCCGACGGCAUCCGGACCCCGUCUCCGAUGUCAGCCCUGAACCCCAAAGCUCACAAGAAUCUAGCACUGAAGGAUACGACUUUUAUGGUGCUGAAGAAGUCUUACUCAAGGCUGUCGACGUUCCACCUAAGAAGAAAGAGCCUCUAUCGUUGGGGUCCGCGAGCCCCCAAGCCCCGAAAGUCACGCGUCAUGAUUCGGACGAAAGUUUUGCUCAGAUGUUUUCUACUUCUGAUGCGACCAAGCAACCGCCAUCAGCUUCUAAGAGCAGUGGUCAAUGGAAGUCUAGUCUUGCGAGACAUGCUUCAGAUAUGGAUAAGGAAUAUCCAAGUCAUAUACGGGGCGAAGAGGUUCAUCCUUCACAAGACACACCUACAUAUUCGCCUAAAACGCGCAGCAAGGAGCUAACGACUGAUUCCCCGGAUGGGGUCUUUCUAAUAUCGCAGACCACCAUGGGCACCGACGACUCAUAUCCUUCGCAGACCUCGGAGCCUAUAGAAUCUGAAGACAUCUCCCCCACAAAGCCUGAGCUUCAAUCACUUCCUGCCAAGGUGGAAUCCCCACAACCACAAGUGCUGGUUUCAGCAAGUCAUCCUGGCCGAUCUGCUAGCCCUCUCAAGGACCUAUUACCUGUUCACAAGGACGUUCGACCUCACAUCGUAGAAACAGACUUCUUCCCCUGGGAAGAUGAUCCUCUAUGGCCAUUCCCGACCGUCACUUCAGGCGACUCACCUAUAGUAUCGCCUCUCGAUCCUUACAACUCUGUCGUAGAAGCCUUACAUUACGAAUCUUGUACUUCCGCCCUCAAUGCGUCAGCAAUUAUCCUUCUACUCAAGCCUCUAGUGCCGGAAUAUGUCAUCGACUAUCAUCAGGCGAGCGGUGUGUUGCGACAGCACCAUUCACGUUUGAUGUCAAUGGGUCUCUUUAUCGAGGCGUCACUUUUACGCAACCUCUGUGUUCAAGGAUGGCCGGAAGGUCUUGAGCAAUGGGGCGAGAACUACACUGCCAUUUUUACGCCAGCACAGCAGAAUGGAAAGGUCAGUUUCUUCUGCUCUACGUGUAGAAAGCCCAGGGAGCUUGACCCGAAGAACGGACCAGAAGGGAUCUGGACAUGCGAGCGCUGUCGCUCUAUAAUGGCACCUUGUGCUGUUUGUGGUCACCGAGAUCCAACGCAAGCAGACUUCACUCCUAUUGAAGUUUCCACGGCAAUGGCAUCGUCGGGCUGUUUCCUUUCUGAGUGGUGGUACUGUCCCACUUGUGCUCACGGCGGCCACGCUUCUUGUCUCCAAGCAUGGCACGCAUCAAUCGAUGCACCCGACUCCAGCAAUUCAGCCACCUUCAGCGAUGGAUGCUGUCCUAUGGAUGGAUGCGGUCACGCCUGUCUACCAGGUCGCUACCGUAGCGAAACAACAACCGCUCGUGCUGAUGAAAUUGGUCGCGCGACGGUGGAAAAGACUCGUGUUAGGGAUGAUCGGGCACCUAGUAGCAGUCGCCGCUCAAGCCCUCGUCCAGGAACAGAUCGUUCUGUCAAGAGUGAUGGAAAUGAUAUACCCCAGAGUAGAGCAGUUGGUAUGGCGAGAGAUGCAUUGAACAACAAGACCAGUGGAGGAAUCUUGAGUUCGAGUCCUGGUAGAGUUGUCGCUACGGGGGAGAGGGAGAGAAGAAAGAGUGUGAAAUUUGCAGGUACAGAUCGUUAG